AGGUGUCUUCUACCACAAAUGAGUUUUAUGAUCGUUUGGGUAUUAAAGGUCUUGUAUCCGACCAAUUUGAUGCACGGAAACACAUUGCUGGGAGUAGGAGUAUGAAUACUUCAUCAUCGACAAGCUUAUUUGAACGUGCCGUUAACGAAAGUGCGUCGAAUUGUGUUGAAGAGCCAGUAUUCAGAGUUAGAAUUAGCGAAUUGGAGAGAUGGAAGCCUCGUAGCAGAAUAAAUAUUCCAACUCAGCCAAAGUUCACUGGAGCUAUAAGAAAACGAAGCAUACAAAGAAGCACUGUACCCAUAAAAAACACUGCGCGCUCGAUUCCCAAUACAAGACAGAUUGCUGGUCGAAUCAGACCAUCCGUCUUUAAUCGUUUGGGCUGA